AUGGGCAACCCUCGUCUUGCCGGUGGAAUCCUUCUCGACGGAGGGAUCUACAGUUUGACUUGGGCUUUCCAGACGCUGUACCACACGCAGGCGGCCGAUUUUAGACAACGGCCCAUCGUCAAGAGUGCCGUUGCCAAGUAUGCGCCCACAGGUGUUGACGCAAUGACGACUAUUCUUCUGGAGUUUCCUCGGAGCCAAGAAAACGGUGGCACGGCACAUGCAGUUGCAACGUCCUUGAGGUUGUCUAACGACGCUGUAGCAGGUGCAAACGAUGCGAUCGUGCCCAAUAUUCGGAUUCAAGGUCUCAAGGGAGAAGUCCAAGUGUUUCCUCCUGCCUACAGACCCACUCGCACAAGACUUGUUCUGAAAGAUGGCACGGUAGAAGACAAGCAAUGGCCGCAACCGGGACCGGGAGUUGGCAGCGGAUGGUACAACGGGUAUGGCGUAACGCCUCAUCCGGAGGGCGAAGGUCACGGUCUCUUUUGGGAAGCUGAUGAUGCCGGAAGGGCUCUAAUCGAAGGUAGAAAAGAAGGAAGCUUCUUAGGGCUUGAUGAGAGCAUCUUGGCCAUGGAAAUCAUGGAUGAAGUUCGACAUUCCGCUGGUCUGAGGUAUGCUGAGGAGAUUGAGGCCACCAAGUUUCCUACCCAGAUCUAA